UGUAAUGCUGCUGAUGCUCCUCCUAUUCUCUGCGUGCACCAAACCCUUUGGGAGGAAUUUGACUGGCAACAGAUCUGCCACUGUCCACAACAUAAAUAACCACUCUGUCCAUAGGAAUGUUUUGUAAUCAAAUACACAGCUAACAGACAUGGGAAGUCAAAUAGAACAGCCCCAAGAGAUUCACAGGUAUUAAGUUUUUAGGGACAGCAAAAUUAUUCUGUUGUUUGUAUCAGACUUUGGUGUUUGGAGAGCUAACAAAAACAUCCUCUCUGAAGAAUAACAACAUAAUUGCAAGAUACUGCUGCACAAGGUAAUUAAAAAUUGAUUGUUUUCAAUCUAAAAAAGCUGUAGUCUUCUGCCAGUCCGACUGCUGUAGUCUGGUGAGUUAACAUCUGUCCGAGCAGGGUAAGUGUGGCUUUUAAGGCACUGCUACCACCACGUUUGUGUAAAGCUGCCAGGACAGAUCGAGAGAACUCAGCCUUCCAGAGGAAUAAACUCUGUACCUGCUACAGCUGCCAGCUUGUGCAAAUGGCACUUUCAUUAACAAUGUUCCUGGGGGUAUUCUAUCAUUCUUAACCUGUUAUAGCCCCUAUUUCUUAAUAUCCUCCUAUGAACAUCCAGGCUUAGUUCGUCUGUUUUCCCCUGUGGUAAAUUUGGCCUAUGUGGUAGCUUAGAUUUGCAAUGAGUUUUGACUAUGGUCACUGAUGAAUUUAGAAAUUAAUUAGGUAGUUAUCAGUCCUUAUAGGACUUACCUUCAUAUACAUUUCCACUGAGUCCUCUCAGGAAAGCAAGUAAAAAUAUAUGGUCUCCUCUGAACGACAUGCUGUUAUUAAAUUUCCUUUAACUAAUAGAUCCAGUGCUAGAGUAAAAUUACAGAUAUUUACUACUGCAGAUACCCAGAAAGCAUUCAGAUGUGAUUAACUUAGGAUUAGGAAGAUUAAUUUACUUUAAAAAAUGGUAAAGUUAUGACACAAUUCAACAAGGAAAAAUGGGACAGAUAAAAGGAUUUUCAGCUUUUUCUGUGCAAAGCUUAGUCAUCCUAACAGCUUUUAUUUUACACAGAAUGAACUGGUAUUGACAAUUUUACAAUGCAAUACCUCUUCCUUUUUUUUUUUUUUUUUUUUUUUGCAGGUGCUCUUCUGGCCCUGUAAAGUCUUGUUCCAUUUUGUAAGUUAAACUCUUGUAGGUACUUUCCAUAUCUAAAUUUAAACAAAUUUUAAAAGCCAGGCAUGACAAUUCUCUAGAUAGUUAAUUGCAUUUCUAAAUUGAGUCUGAGAUAGGUUUGUUUCUCUGAUUGUCUCCAACUGGAGACAAGCACCAAACAUGCCUCACAUUGCAAGAGUAAUCCCAUAUUCCACAAGAAAGUGUACUGCAUUACAUUUAAAAAAAAACCAAACUGUAAAAGAUUAUCAUUAGUGUAAUUUAACUCCAGUGAACCCAUCGCAAAGCACUUAAGGCUACCCAUAAAUGAGCACAAUUUUAUUUAUCCGGUUCAGAAUACGUGGAUGAAUUACUUCAGCCUGCAUUAUUAAUACCAUAAUCAUGAAGGAACCCUGCACACCAGACAGAGCAAUGCAUAGUAAGGACACAUCAACAUCCUUUGAAAAAUACAUAUGUGCCCACGUGUACACGAGUAAAUUCAUACAUAUAUUGCUAUGCAUUGAGUAGAAUGGACUACAUUUUGAAAGGUUUGCACAUGAUUGAGAAAAUGAAGCUGACGUGAUGUGUCCAAAUAAACUGGGAGUUCAAUGGCUCCAGUGAAGGAAACAAGUCCUUGGUGGGCUGUCUUGAAGCCCUGCGAAAAGAAUAGAGGUGGGCACAUAUCUGGCACCUGUUUUAAUCCUGAACAUAUACUUCUUAGAAGUAAUCCAAGGCAAUUGGAAUAGUGAGAAAGUUAGCAUCACCCCACACCUCCCUUUCUGUCAUGUUUUUCAGGAGAGAAAUUUAGUCUUUAGCCCCAAGAAGGUCAGUCUGACACACUGCUUGAGCAUUAGACUACACCAGUUCUCUUCAUUCCCAUAACACCAAUAAAAACUCCACAAAAUAUAUCCCAAAGCUCAAAAGCACAAACAAAAGUGUGCACCAACACCCUGUCUCUUGCAGUGGACUGGCUAUUAUGGGAAAACUGAUACCUGUAGAGGUAAGUACAUGAUUUCUUUGGUAGCCUAACGAUUCUCACAAACAUGAAUAUCCCAGAGCAGAGUGUAAUAUAGAAGUAAAUAAUAAAUUAGAUAUUGACUAAUUAGAAAGCCUAAAAAAAAAGUGAAAAAGUUCUUUGAGCCAAAACAAGAAUGCAUUAACCACAAAAGGUGAGUGUCCAAAUUAGUAAAAUACAGGGUCAAGCUUUUGUUUGCUCUCCUUUUUCCAGAUGGAUAGGCCUUGCAUUAAAUUUUCUCUAACAGAAAAUUGAAUUCUUUCAAAUCACAAGAAGGUAGGUGUUGAGGGCUUCAAGCUCAAAAGAGAACUUGAACACAGCUUUCUCAUAGGGUGGCUGCUCUUUGACCAUGCUUCCAAAUAAAGCAAUGCAAUUGCUGUCACUUUGCUGUAGUGCCCUGCCUGGGAAGCACUCUCAGUUUGACCUGCUGAAACUUCCUUGGUUAGGUUAUGUUUCUCAAGAGGGUUUUUUGAGAUUUGAGUGCCUCCUUUCUGCUCUCUGCAGGGACCUGAAAUCUCAUAAAUUUGCCUAUAAAGCACAGCUGAAUUCUGAAGUGAAAUAUGUAAGUUUUAAAAAAAAUCAUUAACAGGUUUCUGUUCAUCCAUUAACACAAAGCUUAUUAUGUUUUUCAUCAGUGCUUGUUCUGAUUACAGGGAGAGGAACUUCUCCCCUAACCAGGCCAAAGUGACCAUGAAAAUGACUUUGCAACCUGAAUGCAACUGGUGAUCUGGCAGAUCACAGGACACAGGCAGUGCUCCCCUCUGCUCCCACAGGAAAUCUGGCAUGAAGGUCCUUUCAUAGCAUGCUUUCCAACAUGCACAGGCCAGCCGGCUGCCACCUCAGGUAGUGGUAUUUUGGAUUGCAUCCAGUCCUCACUCUUCCUGGGAAUUCAAUAAAGAGCCUAAAUGUCUAUCUCAGGACCUGGGUUCCUCUGCAAAGGCAAGUACUUAAAGGUUUGAUGUGCCACCCAAGCUCUUAAUUGGAUCCAACCCUGUAAUUUGUCCCAUAAUAGGAUGACCCAGCAGGAUCAUUUACGGCAGAGCAUGAAAGCAAAUGCCAAAGAAGUGAAAAUGCAUAAGUACAAAGUUGUUGUAUUGAUUGUAAAAAUUGCCUCAUUCAACAGCCUCAGGCUGACUAUUAAUAUUUCAGUGUUGGACACCAGUUUCACAUCUAAUGUGUUUCUUGAGUAAACAAGUGAUGCUUGGGAAAGCCUUCCUCCCUUAUAAACAAAAUAAGACACAGGUUCCCAAAGAAAUCUCAGAAGGAAUCAAUCACAGAUUUUAAAAUGAACUGAGGCAUAAUGGAAGACUCUUAUAAAAUAAUUUUGUAAUAGCCUGAUAGGUUUAUUUCACUUUUUUUUUUUUUCAAAAUAUAAUGUCACUAGUACUGAAAAAAAUUAUUGAAAAUCCUGUGAUACUGAAAUAAAAUGAAGGUAUAAAAUGGCAAUAUUCAGACAGAUCUGGGAUUUCAUUGUGCUAUUACUCUGUCCAAACAACUAAGAACUUAACAACAAGUUCCAGAAAAGCUGCGACAAAGUGCUGCUGGAUGUUUCAUGUUUCUCUACUGCUUUUAAUUUUGUGGAACAGUGUCACAUUGUUUGAGAGCCAGUUACCAGCAAAGACCUCUUUCUCAGAUGGUGGCUGGGGACGAGACAUGCAGAUGUCCACCCUAAAAGUGCACUGGAGAAACAGGGUCCUGCCUAGUGAACAGCGAGACAUGCAUAACAUGCUACCCCUGUGUACAACAGCUGAGCGAGUGUCUCUGCCAUCCAAGCAGACACCAUGGGUGCUAAAACCACUGUUUGAGAUGAAACUUAUUAUUAGCAACCCUCUCAGCAAGGGGAGAGAAGAGGCUACGCAGACGGACACUAUUAUAUCACACAACCAAAUUCACACAUGCUGGAGAUAGACAUCUGUAAUGGGAAGACAAUUUUCCCCAAAAACUUUCUGGCUAACUUUUUUUUUCUGUUCUUGGUAAGAAUGUUUAUAUGACAGACAGUCAGACUUUUCAGUACUUAAAGACAAGUAUUUGCAUAUUCAGAUCAGCCUAGGUUAUGCAAUGCACAGAACUACUGGAUAGUGUGGCCAUAGAAAAAGUGUGGUCCAGAGAAAUUCAUCAGGAGUGAAAUGUUUUCAGCUUUUCAGGCCCCUGCUUAAAGCUUGAUUUGUGAGAGAUGCUCAGAGUCCAGGUCACAUAUCCCAAUAACCAGAAGCUAGCUUUGGAAACGCUUAAUUGAAAAUUUUCUAUCUCUGUCCAUGGAAUGGGACUGGCUAUACUUGCAGAAAAUCUUAAAACUUGUAAUCACAAGCACACUAUAUAAAUAAAUACCAUCUGGCUUGACAUUUUGUGAAGUGAUUAGCAGAUUAUAUAUAUAUGUAUAUUAUCAAAAAAAACCAAACAAAAACCAAACCAAAAAAAACCCAAACAAAAAACCUCAAACAAAAGACCCCACCCAACUUUCCAAAGGAAACGUUCAGCACCAUCAGGAUAAGAGACAUGCCAGCUUCUUGCCACCUAGAGGUGAAACGCUAAAAUCCUCAUGGUCCAGCAGCUAACUACAUCUCAGACUCCAGUGUUUGGAGAAUGAAUUGCCCCAGAACUGACAUCAAAUGCAAACAGCACUGGGAUUCCAAACAUUGUGCAACUUACGGAAUAUUUUCUAAGUUUAUUUUAGAGCACAAGCAUUUAAAAUACUUCAUUUUUUAAAAAAAUCAGUCAAUUUGCCAAGGAUUUGUUUGGAUGAUCUUUUAUGAAGAAUAGCUGGAAGGCUCUUUUUUUUUUUCCUAGUCUCAUGCCAUGUUUCUGCUAAUUACUGUUGAUUAGCAAACAGCAGCUUGGCAAUUAACCUUGGCAGGUUAGCCAUCAGUUUGAUAGCACUGCAUGUCAUCCAAAAGGUAGGGGGAAUUUAUUGUUUAUUUCAGACAAUUAGCAAGGAGCUGGCAGAGCUCACAACAGCCUAAAAGCUCGAUUUUCCAGGACAGCUGAGAUAAAUUACUGAAUCAAUUAAAACACAUCAGUGGAUGUCUGCAAGCAUACUUAAAGCUAGCAUAGAAGCCACUGAAAAGUAGUGGGAGGAGAAAGACUAGCAAGGGGGGGUUUUUGGGGGUUGUGUCUGGUGGUAUGCUUUUCAAGCUGUUGGUGCUUAUUCUGCUCUGCCAUUAACACUAGUUAGAUAUAACUAAAAGCUAGUGUCAACUUAAAGCAAAAGAAUCUGGUAAAGUAUAGGGUCUAAAAUGACUUUCCUUCCAAAGUGGUUAACUUUUCUAAAGGGCAAGGAGGUUGUUAUCGCCAAUGCAAUAAUUGCAAUCUUGACAAUUGGUGGGCAGCAACUCUUCUCUUUCUUCACAUUCAGCUGUCCCUGUCAUGUUGGACAGAACCUUAUCUAUGGGCUAGCUUUCCUAGGAGUGCCUGCACUGAUCCUUCUGAUUGUUGGCUAUGCCCUGAACAACCAGACUUGGAGGCUGGUUAUGGGCAAAAGGUCUCAUUUUGAGAAAGUGACUUCAUCAAACCGGUUGCUGAAAUGCAAACUGGUGUGCUUUGUCUUGUGCAGCAUCACUGGGAGGGCACUGGUUGCUCCAGUCACAUGGCUUGCUGUCACCCUGAUAAAUGGCUCAUAUUAUAUCUGUGCUGUGAGUGAGUAUGUCCCUGUGUAUUACUAUGGAGCUGCUCCCAAUGUUACUGCUAGUGAACGCAGAAGGAUACUGGCUAUGUUUCCCUGCAGUCAGCUGGUUCCUCCAGAGCUGACCCGGGUGAGAGAUGAAGUGAUUCUCCUCCUCCGAUACCAGUCACAAGUGGCUGGCUGGCUUUUGAUUGCUGUGGUAGUCAUCACCGUGUUCCUUUCCUACUGCCUGGCAAGCUGUUUCUCCCCACUCAGCUUUCUACAUUUCAGAUACUGGAGCAGCUAUGUCCACAAUGAGCAGGAGCUCUUUGAUGAGGCGACAGAGCAGCACUCCAGGCUCUAUGCCAUGCAGCAUGUGAAGAAGUUCUUUGGCUUUGUCCCAGGAAGUGAGAAUGUAAAGGAAAUUCGUAUCCCAUCUCUCAGGGAGUGGCAAGCCAUUUCUGGACUGGCCUUUCUAAAACGAGUGGAUGAGGAACACUAUGAUUACAGCCUCCUCCAUGACUGGGCACUCAAGGAGCGUGCAAAUGGAAAAUAUCUAAGGAUUGAUGAAGGUGCUGGGAUCAUAACACAGCUCUGAAGAUCCAAGCCCCCACAAUACUUUGCAGGAAAGCAGGAACCUGUCUAGCUCUGUAUCAGACCUGAGCUGCUCUGGAACUUUCUAAUACAGUAUUACAUUGAUAGAGAAAGUAUGUGAGCAAGUGCAUCUUGUUAAUGUAGCCCUUUAGCACAUGCUUAGAGAUGCCUUUACUGGUGGCAUUUUGACUCCUGUGGGAUAUUGUGAUCUAUGCCUAGAUUAGGGUGGGCUAUUUCAAGCUUCAGCUCUCUGCUUUCUAAUAGUUGUGCUAAAGGAUAAGUAUGUACUGAGAAAGUUAUUUGCAGAUGCUUUUUUAUGGUUUUUUUUCUUUCCGUUAAAAGGAUCUUUAAUAGGUAGACCUUGAUUGGAUUCUAUGAAUUGGUCCAUUCUGUAUAGAGCAAGGGCAGCUAUCCAGCUUUUCCUUAGUGACAGCUAGCAGAAAUGACUUAUUUCUCCUCUUCCACUUUUUUUUGUAUCAUAUAAGUAAACUACACUGAGCUAACUACUGGUUAAGUCUGGGGCUACAGUAGCACAUAGGAAACACGUGGGGAAUUUUUAUCUUCAAAGGCUGAAUUUAGAUACAAUGAUGAGAGAACUUUCAAUUCUGAUAAAGAGAUUAAAAUCCCCACUGAGGCACAUGGUGGAGGUGUAUAACAUAUAGCAGCUGCAUGAACAAACACUUGACAUAUGGCAAGCUGAGUUGAAUUGUAUUCUGGCUGAAAGCAAUAGCAAGGUCAGUUUCCUUUCUGGAAGUAUUUCAAAAUCUCUAAGGUGUUUGUGUGUUUGCCUUCUGUACAAAUAGCAAAUGAGGGUGGGAAAAAUCUCAGUCUGUGCAGAAGAGUUUGCUUUGCCUCUGUAAACUUGUAAUUUAUACAUAUACUGGGUCCAUGAAUAUUUCUGUGACUAAAAUCUACUGAAUUUUGUGAAAGAAGGCUUAAUGAUGUUUUUCUGUUAAAUCAGUUUGGUAUGAUGGGAUAUACUCAUCCCUUAACACACAGAUGUUUCUAACUCUAAGGUGGAGGGAAAUGCAUACCAUAAUUUUUUUAAUCUUUCCUGUGUUGCCUUGCUAUGUACAUGUAUACAUGUGGGCUCCAGAGCCAUAUGCUACAUGAUAGGAUGCUAUCUGCUACUAAUAAAUUACCCCAGGUGCUUGAAAUGGAAAAAUAUAAUUAUUUAGUACAUUUAACUAGAAAAUGCAGGAGCCAGAGCUGCUCUGUCAUUCCUCUCUUCAUCUGGAUAGGGGAGAGAGAAUAGAAGGAUAGGGAGAGAUCACUCAGCAAUUACUGUCAAGGGCAAAACAGACUCCACUUGGAGAAAUUACUUUAUUACCAAUGAAAUCAGAGUGGGAUAAUGAGAACCAAACCCAAAUCUUAAAGUACCUUUCCCCACCACCUUUCUCCUUCCUGGGCUUAGUUCCACUCACAAAUUUUCUCUCGUCUCCUCCAGUGACACAAGGGGCUGUGUGAGUGAAUGGGGGUUGCAGUCAGUUCAUCACACAUUGUCUUUACUGCCCCUUCCUCCUUGGAGGGAGGGCUCCUCACACUCUCCCCCUGCUCCAGCAUGGGGUACCUCCUUCCAGGAGACAGCCCUCCACCGACUUCUCCAGUGUGGGUCCUUUCCAGAAGCUGUAGUUCUUUAUGAACUGCUCCAGUGUGGGCCCCUUCCAUGGGGUGCAGCCCUUCAGGACCCACCUGUUCAAGGGUAGGUCCCCUGCAGGGCCACAAGUCCUGCCAGCAAACCUGUUUCUGUGUGGGCUCCUCUGCCCACAGGUCUUGCCAAGAGUCUGCUCCAGCACAGGCCCCCAGUGGGGUCACAGUCUCCUACAGCCAUCCAUCUGCUUCAGCAUGGGCUCCAGGUGGAUCUGUUCCACCAGGUACCUCCAUGGCUCGCACCACGGGGUGCAGGGGAAUCUCUGCUCCAGAGCCUGCAGCACCUCCUUCACCAAACUUGGUGUCUGCAGAGCUGUUGCUCUCACACAUUCUCACUCUGACUGCAGUUUCUAUUGCUCAGGCUCUUUUCCUCUCUUCUUAAAUCUAUUAUCCCAGAUGUGCUGCCACCAUUGCUGAUGGUGCUCAGUCUUGGCCACUGGUGGGUCUGUCUUGGAGCUGGCUGGCAUUGGCUCUGCAGGACACAGGGGAAGCUUCUGGCAGCUUCUUACAGAAGGCACCCUUGUAGUGCCCCUGCUACCAAAAUCUGGCCAUGCAAACCUAAUAAAGGGUAAUGGAACUGCACUGUUUAUGUGAAGUCCUUAGGAAAAAAAGUACCUCUAGUAGUAACACAACUUCUGAUUUAAUUUUAAAAAAUAUUUGUGUUUUUUUAUUUAAGAGGGAACACUGUAAUCUGGAACACAUGCAACUGAUUUGUGUACCUGAAAGCUUUGAUAAAAAACCCCUAUGCUGAUUUCUGGAUCCAAAUGACAAAAAACUGCUGUCUUUAGUCUAUGUGAAUUAUUUCAAUUUCUUCUAUUGUUUUACAGUACUAUUAUAAAAUGAUGCAAUAUUUGUAGUUAAGAGUGAGCCAUAAAAUUAUUUUAAUUUCUUGUACACCUAAUUUUUAAAUUAAGCUUCAUGGUUUCUGAUUUUGUCCUGGUUAUUAUUUGCCCUGUAUUUUUCUUAAUAGUAUAUAAUUCAAAAUACUGAGUGGAAAUACUAACUGUAUCUGUCACUGUGAAGUCAGCCUGCCAAUAGACUAAGAGACUAUCACGCUGUUAGCAUAAAUUAAUCUAUAGUACUACAGCUGUAGUAUUUUAAGUGAUUUGGUGUAUUUCCCUUUACUCCUCUGCUCUUUGAAGCAUGUAAUGGAUUGGUAGUGAAGGCGCAGCUUUCAAAUGAAUUUGUGAUUACAGACAAAUCUAUGAGUCGGUACACUUGAAGAGUCAAACCGUGCUUGCUAAAAUGAGUCAUCUUACCUAAGAAUCAACUUAGAAUUCCAGUUUGCUCACUUGAAAAUUAUUCUUUUUAUGUCCAUGGUAAAAGUUUUCUGGAAACCCUGGGCUUAUAAUACGUAUCUGUGGGAAAAAUGCCAGCCAUGGGGCCAGGAACCUGAUGCACCUUAAAACUACUCUGUGUACCAAGUACCCAUCAGGGUCUGCUGUUGUUUAACCCUCGACAGUCUUAAAUUCACCCUUGCAGGUA